GUGCGGCUGGUCAGUCUGUGGAGUUUGUUUACAUGCGGAACUAGAGCGAGCUAAAAAUAAAUCAUAGCUGUCACUUUGUGUAAAACUGUGCGGCAGCCAUGGGGAAGUCAUUUGCUAAUUUUAUGUGUAAGAAAGAUUUUCAUCCUGCGUCGAAGUCAAAUAUCAAGAAGGUAUGGAUACAAGAACAGAAACUCACCUUCGAAAAGAAGAAACAGGAGGAACUGAUGCAGGCCUAUCUGAAAGAGCAGGAGACCUACAACAACAGGGUCCUGAUGGGAGAUGAUCGUGUCAAAAAUGGACUGAAUUUCAUGUAUGAGGCUCCACCAGGAGCAUCCAAAGAGGAAAAGAAAGAGGAGGGCGAUGAGGAAUGCAAGUUUGAAUGGCAAAAGGGAGCUCCUCGAGAGAAGUAUGCAAAAGAUGACAUGAAUAUUAGGGAUCAACCAUUUGGAAUCCAGGUCCGCAAUGUGAGGUGUAUCAAAUGCCACAAAUGGGGCCACGUGAACACAGACAGAGAGUGUCCACUCUUUGGGCUGUCGGGGAUCAAUGCCAGUCAUAUGGCAUCAGAUGAUGGAGCAGGUCCGUCGAUGCACCCCUCUGAGUUAAUGGCGGAGAUGCGAAACAGUGGGUUUGCCCUGAAAAAAUGUGUCCUUGGUAGGGAUGCGACUGUUUGUGAUCCAGCACAGGAAUUCGUUGCCAGUGAAGAAGAGGAAGAUCCAGAGGUGGAAUUUUUAAAGUCAUUAACAUCAAAGCAAAAACAGAAGCUUCUCAGAAAACUUGACCGCCUUGAGAAACAGAAGUCCAAGAAGAAAAAGAGCAAGAAACAAAAGAAGAAGAGCAAAAAGAAACAUAAGAAAAAGGCGGACAGCGAUUCCUCAGACUCCAGCAGCAGCGACAGUGACAGCAGCAGUGACAGUAGCUCCGACUCUAGCCCCAAGAAGAAGAGUAAGAAGAAAACAUCCCGUCGAGACAGCAGCUCUGAAAGACACGCCAAGGGACACAAGAAGUCCUCUUCUCACAGGAGCAGGUCACCGAGCCUGCGCACCCAUCACGACGCGGACCAUUACCACCAGAGGAAAAACAGGGCAAGCAGUCCAGUGAACAAGCAUCAGGGAGGUCAGGACAAGCAGAGAGGUAAGGGGAGCGGAAGUAAAGACGACAACAGGCAUCACAGAGACAGUGAUGAAAGGAGGGACAGGGCUGAAGAAGGGAUGAGGAAAGACAGAGGAAGGAGUAGGAGUCGAGAUAGAAAGGAGCGGAGAGAUAGGAGUAAGAGCAGAGAAAGACGGAGGGAUAAGGAGGAUACAGGGAGAAGUAGGAGCCAGGAGCGAAGGAGGGAUAGAGAAAACAGAGAAAGGAGUAGGAGCCAGGAGCGGAAGAGGGAUAGAGAGGACAGGGGUAGGAGCAGGAGCCAGGAGAGAAGGAGGGAUAGAGAUAACAAGGGUAGGAGCAAAAGUAGGAGCCCACGGAGAAGGGAGAGUAGUCCAGACAGAGACAAAAGAAAACACUAACAGUUUUGCCGUUGACAAAUUCUGUUAUUUCACAUCUCUUAUGGACUACCAAAUCGGAUCUCCUACAGUUUCUCCACAUGAAGAUUAGAGCGUCGUACCUCUGUUCACCAGUAGAGGGAAGCAGUCCACAGACAAUGUAGUUAAGUAGGCCAUAGCAGUGCGGUUUCUCCUGCUGUGUAAAUUAAUUUAUUUGCGUUAGAGGCAAUUCGCUGCCUUAACGCGCAAAUUUUAUUUUAAUUUUUUAGGACCUGAUUGAAAUAGAAAAAACGUUUUGGAUACUUUUUUUUCUUGUUGUAUUUUAUUUAAACAAAAAAGACAACAUUGUUUGAAACGACUGUUAUUCUUGGAUUUUAUCCCUAAUAAAUAUUAGAGUUCCAAAUAUAAUUGUUUGCAUUAAAAAGAACAUAUAAAUAUA